GAGAUUUUGGACAUUAAGGGUUGUGGCUGAGGGGGAGACAUUACUGGAAUUUCUUAAUAUGAGUGAUGAUAAACCUUUCCAAUGCACUGCUCCUGGGUGUGGACAGAGAUUUACAAAUGAAGACCACUUGGCUGUCCACAAACACAAACAUGAGAUGACCCUGAAGUUUGGCCCAGCGAGGAAUGACAGUGUCAUUAUCGCUGACCAAACCCCUACACCCACCCGCUUUUUGAAGAACUGCGAGGAGGUCGGACUUUUCAAUGAACUUGCGAGCCCGUUUGACCAUGACUUCAAAAAAGCGGCUGAGGAGGACAUUAAAAAGUUACCACUGGAUUUGUCACCUCUCGCGACACCUAUCAUACGCAACAAAACAGAGGAACGCACACCUAUGGAGGUGCAUCGCGAUAGCCCGCUGCCUCACCCUGAAUCAACCACAAACGACGACAAGGACUUAUCUUUGCAGCCAGCCUCACUGCCAGCAUCCACUAUAGUCCAUCCUGCAUCCCUCCAAGUUCCCAAUGUACUUCUAGCAACCUCAGAGGCUAAUGUUGUAAUACAGCAAGCUCUCCCAUCGCCAACAUCUAGCUCUGUUAUUACGCAAGUCCCAUCCACUAAUAGGCCUCUAGUGUAA